GAGCAGACUUGCCCAGACUUGUUCAGGCAGUACACGUGCAGCUCCAGAGGAAAUGACUUCAAGGCCAGUUUCAUUGAUUGAUGAUGGCAGAGGAAUCAAAAAAGAAUAAAGCCUCCUCAUGGGGGCUUCUCAACAACUACCAAUAUUUGUGCAAAAAAGCCACGAUGCUUAACGCCAUGGAGAACACAAGAGCAAAGAAGAAAUGUCAUCAGAAGAUAAUAAUUGCCAGCAUGAAGAGGAAACGAACAGACAACCACUACAAACCACUGGAUACAAGUAAACUGGUCAAAAAAACUAAAUCGAGCAAUACACUGCAGGAAAGUCAAAACAGUUUGAGCUCUGAGGACAAGUGCACAGAUGCAUCUAAACCUGGAGACUCUGUGUUUGUGCCUAAAGCCUGUGACCACCACAGUCUAGUCACAGCCCUAAGAGACAGUUGGGAGGUGGACAGCGGCUUCUCCUCUGAGGCCAGUCCUCCAGCCAGUGGUCGGAGCUCACCGUGCCUCAGCUUGUGCUCGACCAUGGUGGUGGCUUUAGAUUGUGAGAUGGUGGGGACUGGGCCUGGCGGGCGCUGCAGUGAGUUGGCCCGCUGCAGCAUCCUGGACUAUCAUGGCAAUGUCCUGUAUGAUAAAUAUGUCCAACCGUGUCAGCCUGUCACAGACUACAGGACCCGCUGGAGUGGCAUCCGGAGUUAUCAUCUGCACAAUGCCCAACCCUUCGCUCAGGCCAGGGAGGAGAUCCUCAGUAUACUUGAGGGCAAAGUGGUCGUGGGCCACUCUGUCUACAACGACUUUGAGGUACUGGACAUACUCCAUCCAUGUCACAUGGUCAGAGACACUUGCACAGCGCGUCUCCUCAGCCGUUUGGCCGGCUUCCCUCGUGAGCGCUGCCUUUCCCUCAAAAUCUUGGCCAGUAAGCUGCUGAACAGGAGGAUACAGGUCGGGAAGAGAGGUCACUGUUCGGUGGAGGACGCUCAGGCUGCCCUCGACCUCUACAAGCUGGUGGAGGGUGAGUGGGAACAGGAGCUGCAGAACAAGCUGAGGGAUGACAACGCUCCACACAAGCCCAGCUUCGCCUCCUCAAACCACUACAUGCAGGACGAGUACUGGCCCGAUGAUGUUACAGCUGACAGCCAAUGAGAGGAGAGUAUUCAUGAGACAUUUAGUGGGAAACGCCUCAAAAAGUCCCUGUUGGAUGGUGAUGUUCUUAGUCAUCAGAGCAGAUUCAGAUAACUAUAAAUAAUGUGAAUGAAAGAUAAUAGCAUUUAAGCGUGAGGAACCAAAACUAAACUAAAACUCUUCAUUGUCUCAUAUGAGAAGAUGUACUGUAUCACCUUAGGGAAAGUGAAUUUACUGCUUGAAUGAAAACACUUGUUAACUUAUUACUUUUAAACAUGUUAAACAUGAUUGAUGUUCCUAACGGCAUAUUUUUGCUGUGGUUCCAGAUAUUUGCUUGCUGAGUUGAUGGUAAUCAAGUCAGUUGUCACAGAUUUGAUUAUGUUUAUAGCAUGAAAAGUGUUGGGUCUCUAAUAGGUUCUAACUUGUGCGCAGAGUGUGGAGUUUUCUAACAGUCUGUGCUCUUACUUGAAUGUUUAAAUGUAACUGUUAAUAGGACAUAAGACUAAUCCUAGGUCACAGAUACAGCUGUUUUGGAAAACAACUGUAUUUUUCAGUUGAAAAACCUCCAUGUAUAUGUGGCCUUCAGUAUUUUAUAAACAAUUGUAACUGGUAUUUCAUUACCUCACAUUGCAAGCUGCUCCUAAAAUGUUCUAAUAAAAUGGCAUCAUGUCAAAAUAAAA